AUUUCCUGUUGCAAUAGAGACUGAGAGGACAGCAGUUGACUGAUGGUUAAAAGGAUGUUCUCUAAGGGCUACACUGGGCUUGUGAUGGACUGUUGGAGGCUCCUUGGACUCUUUGCCGUCUCUUUCACUGCAGCCUGUCUACUGACCACAGCACAGGGCUUUCAUAUACAGAUGCCAGACUCAGUGAGGGCGGUGGAGGGCAGCUGCAUUCUGGUCCCCUGCCAAACACAACCCCAUACCAGGGUCGUCUGGUACAAAUAUCAGAGUAGCGGCUGGCCUGCCAUUUAUGAUAGGAACAACCCUGGUAAUGUUAUUGGUGAAUUCAAAGGACGGACUACAGUACUGGGGCGUUCUUCAGAAGGGAACUGCACCCUCAGGAUCAACAACGUCAAGAUGUCUGAUGGCAUCAAGCUGUUUCCCUACAUCAACCCAGAGUCUAACAAAUACUACAAACCAACUAUCCAGAUAAAGACUCAGGCUAGAACCCACCCUGAGAUACGAGGCCCGGAGUCCCCAGUGAAGGAGGGCGAAGUCUUCAGCCUCAGCUGCAGCGUCCAGCACUCUUGCCCCCCCUCUCCCCCAGCCAUAGAGUGGAGGGGCCUGACGGUGGACACCACUGAGGUGUCCACUGAGAGCAAUGAUAACCUGUGGGUGGAUGUGUCCACGGUGACGGUGACUGCUGCGCCUUCUCAACAUGGCAAGAAGGUCCACUGCCGCACCGGUGAUAUGUCAACAGAGAGCAGAUCUCUCACUGUGAACAUCACAUUUGCGCCUAUUGAUGUGAAGACCAGCACUGAGAGUUCCAUCAUUGCAGAGCACGGCAACAUCAACCUGAAGUGUAACAGCAAGAGCAACCCAAGGCCUGAGCUUUAUCAGUGGCUAAUCACGAAUGGGAGUCAUUUCCAGGUGAACACAAGCAGCGAAACUAUAACCAUCACAGAUGUUCAGAAGGGCUUCUCUGCUGCCUGCAUCGCUCACAACGCCAUUGGGGCUGGACGGUCAGCUGAAACAUCUGUAGAUGUUGCCUUUGUCUACAUCAUGGUGCCAAACUCCUCAUGCUCAGAGACAGGAGGGAUGUUGAGAUGCGUGUGUCAGGUGGAGGCCCAACCUGAAUCUACGGUGACAUGGAUGUUCAAUGGGAGCGCUAACAUCCUAGCAUCCGUAAUCCCUGCUGUCACCACGACAGGCAACUUGAAGUCAUCAGAAGUCGUAUUGGAGGGGAAACUAGCCGAGCAUGGGCCUGUUGUGUGUGUGGCAGCGAACUCCCACAGGACUGUGACACACCAGAUGACCUUACAGGAUGCAAAGAUCUCCCUGCCAGCAUCUUUUCCAUGGAUUAUUUUGGGUUGUGCAUUUGGAUGUUUUAGUUUGUGUGGUGGACUGAUCUGUUUCUGCCGGUACACAAAAAAUAGCUCAGAUGGAGCUACAUCAUCUGAAAUCAACAAGCAGAGACCGAAGGAAGAACAACUUAAAGCAAGAGCAAGAAGGGCUAGGGCCCUGAAGCCUGAGGACAAGCUGUGUAACAACAGCAAAAUGGAUAACAAUGUUUGUAGAAUGGAAAUGGACCCCAUCUAUGAUAAUGACCCUCGUCAGGAAGAAGACAUUGAGGAUAUAUACAUAAACGACGCGAUGGGUGACAGUCCUGAGAACAUUUAUUUGAACAGCUGAACUUGGGGACAAUGUGAAAAAUCAAUAUAGUACUCUGCAUCAUUAGAUACAGUAUAUAACAGUGUCAAGUAGACAUAUAUUGAGUGGAAUAUAUCCCAAAUCAGAUGAGGUUGAUGUUUCUUCACCUCUCUUGUUGUUUUGUUCAAAACUUGGCCAUUCAUAUCAUGAACAGUACUAUUCAUAGCCAGCCCAAAUUCCUGAGGAUGGAAGACAAACAUCAACUUCAACAAAACCAACUUUUAUAUGCUUUUGGUAUCAAUGGAUAUGUUUUGGUAUCAAUUAAUAUGUUUUUCUUUACAUACAAUAUUUUAUUAGUGCCAAAAUUUGAGGUCUGAGGUAUACCCUUAAAAAACCUUUUUGCACUUUCUUUCCGAAUCUAGGACCUAAUAUAAAAUCAAAAGGCAAGCUGUACAAAAAAAAACAAGGGAAACAUUUUGCCAUGCAUACUGUAGCCUUGACUCCUAUGAUGGCAUGACAUGGGGUUAUACUGUGCACAUAAGCAAAUUCAUUAGGCUUACUGUCGUGUUACUGAUUGUAAAAUUCAUAUAUUUGCAUAUUGUAAUCAUUCCAGUAAAAAUGCCCUGCCUACAUUAAUAGGAAUGUCAUACCUCGCCUGCAUGUGUAUCUGUAAUAAUGUAAAAUAAAUACAUA